CCCCUUCCUGCCCAAUGAGAGCGGAGCGCGGCCGACACCUGGCUAUAAAUCCAGGAAGGAGACCGAAGUCCUGAUCAGAAAUCUGCACGAAGGUCCCAGCAGCGCGUCUCAGCAGGCUCCAGAGAGAGACAGAGAGGGACAGAGACAGGGACAGAGAUUGAUAGACAGAGAGACGGACAGACGGACGUGAUGACUUCCAGUAAGAUCGAGAUCCCCGCAGAGGUGAAGAGCGACCCCGCUGCUCUCAUGGCCUCCCUCCAGCUGAUGCCCUCACCGGUGCCCAACCCGGAGAUCAAGUACACCAAGAUUUUUAUCAACAACGAGUGGCAGGACUCUGUUAGUGGGAAGGUCUUUCCUCUCUGCAACCCAGCUACUGGAGAGCAGAUCUGUGAGGUCCAGGAAGCAGAUAAGGCGGAUGUGGAUAAAGCGGUGCAGGCGGCGCGCCAGGCUUUUUCUUUGGGCUCCGUAUGGCGAAGGAUGGACGCAUCUGAGAGAGGUCGUCUACUAGCCAAACUGGCCGACCUGGUGGAGAGAGACAGUGUUUAUCUGGCAACCAUUGAGUCACUGAACAGUGGGAAGCCUUUCCUGCCCACCCUGUUUGUGGACCUCCAAGGAACCAUAAAGACACUGAGAUACUUCGCUGGAUAUGCAGACAAGAUCCAUGGCACUACCAUUCCUAUGGAUGGAGAAUUUCUGACAUUUACCAGAUAUGAGCCCAUUGGAGUUUGUGGACAAAUUAUUCCCUGGAACUUCCCUCUGAUGAUGACAGCAUGGAAGCUGGGCCCGGCGAUCGCAUGUGGAAACACUGUUAUCCUGAAACCUGCUGAGCAGACGCCGCUCACCUGCCUCUACAUCGCCGCUCUCGUCAAAGAGGCCGGGUUUCCACCGGGAGUCAUCAAUAUUUUGCCAGGAUUCGGGCCAACGGCAGGAGCUGCAAUUGCUUCGCACAUGGGCAUAGACAAAGUGGCCUUCACAGGAUCGACUCAGGUCGGCAAGCUGAUCCAAGAAGCAGCUGGGAAGAGUAACCUGAAGAGAGUGACGCUGGAGCUGGGAGGAAAGAAUCCCAACAUCAUAUUUGCAGAUGCAGACAUGGAUUUGGCUGUGGAACAGGCCCACCAGGGCGUGUUUUUCAACGCAGGCCAGUGCUGCACGGCCGGCUCUCGUAUCUUCGUGGAGGAGCCCAUAUAUGAGGAGUUUGUUCGCAGAAGUGUGGAGAGAGCCAAGAGGAGGAUAGUCGGCAGCCCCUUCGAUCCAACUACUGAGCAGGGUCCACAGAUCAGUCGGGAGCAGCAGAAACGCGUGUUGGAGUUUAUCCUGAGCGGCAUCAGUGAAGGAGCCAAGCUGGAGUGUGGUGGCAAAGCACUGGGUGUGAACGGGUUCUUCAUUGAGCCCACGGUCUUCUCCGAUGUGAAGGAUGACAUGCUCAUCGCCAAAGAGGAGAUUUUUGGACCAGUACAGCAGAUCAUGAAGUUCAAAACUAUCGACGAAGUGAUAGAGAGAGCCAACAACUCAGAUUAUGGUUUGGUUGCGGCUGUUUUCACCAAUGACAUCAACAAAGCCAUGACCAUAUCCACAGCCAUGCAGGCCGGCACUGUCUGGAUAAACUGCUUCAACGCCCUGAGCACACAGUGUCCAUUUGGAGGAUAUAAAAUGUCUGGCAAUGGACGUGAAUUGGGAGAGUGCGGCUUGAAGGAGUACUCAGAAGUGAAGACCAUCACGAUGAAGAUGGUCGCCAAGAACUCUUAAGGAAGCGUCUUCCUCAUCACUGAGCUGCCUCCCGUUGUUGGUCCAUCCACAGCGGCAAACCCCAUUAACCAUCAGGCCAAGUUAUCUCCGUGGUAACUACAGGCUGUGACCACUUGCUGCCCUCUCAGUCCCUCCAUCAGCUCCGCCACUGCUCACCACAGGCAGUCAUCCAGUCCCCGUCCAGCUCUGUCCACCCGCCUUGAAUCUGUGGACUGUCUCUAGUCUUACUGACAACCACUGAACUACCCCCAUACUGUUUACCUCCUCCACUAACUCCACUAAAGCACUCUCAGAGACGAUGGGGGAGGCUGUUCUGACUGCAAACCCCAAUAACAACCAGCCGCCACACCCCGAUCCUCACUCCCCAGAUGCUGGAUGCUCAGAGACUCAGUCGCCGCACGUGCAAACAACCCUUUGCUAGCAACAUGUCAUGUGUGGGGAGGCAGUUAUUUUUGUACUGUGCGGUAUGAUCCUCAAAAACCUCAUGUGUCAUUGUCUUGGUAGAAUUUAUGCAAGCAUGUCAGCUCAUUCAAGACCACUGAUGUUGUCAGCCUCAGAUAUGAGUGGAUGAAAUGUUAAUUCAGAAUUUUAAUUGAUUUCUAAUUGUCUUUGUUUAUAUUUUAGCUCAUAUGACUUAACACUGUAUGUCAAACCUUUGGAAUGAUGUAAACGUGGAAGAUUUUAACCUCUUAAGCAUUUUACUCUCACCUGCUUAAAGAGGAGUAUAUGUAUUUUAAACAUUUAUGUAACUGAUUUUCAUUGAUGUCAAUCUAUGUUUAUGUUUAUACAAUCUUAUCCUAUAAAAUUAUAAAAUGACCAUUGUUUUCCUGGAAAACCUUUUUUCUCUCUGAGUGAUCCCUAUAUAAUGAAGUCACACAACCAGUGGUAUUGAGGCUACGGUCUAAAUACCCACAUUUCAUGUUGAUUAAAAUGGAAACAACAACAACA